AUGGUCCGAAUCGGUCAAAGAGAAUUGCAAGCUCUGAACAUUGACACCAACAUCACUCAACUGCCCGCCACUAGUACUACUCAACCAUCAGGCACACGAGUGACAAUGUCCACUGCUGGCAACUCAAUAACAAACCGCAACCCGUCUCGAGUCCUACAACCUGGACAUCUUGAAACAAGUCUUGUGUACAUCCUGGAAACUGUCUUAGGCUGCAGUGCUGGCAGCAUCCUCCAUCUCGCACUUGACUUAUACGGUUGCAAAUGUUACCUUGAUCUUGUUGGCAUGGAUGAUGCUGAUAUUGACGGACUACAGUAUCCUGUCAGUCAGCCACGUGAUGCUAACGGUGACCCUCAACCUGAUGUACUUCGGGAUGUGCCAAAACCUCUUAAGGUAUAUCUCCAUGGGAUCCGUGGCUACGUCUACCACCGAGAAACUGUGCUUCAGGACCCAGUUACUCUGACUAACUGUGUCCUCAUUGACCCUGAUGAUUUUGAUACAUACAGGGCCUCCAGCGCAUUCAUCGUGUUCCGCAGCCGCACCAUCCCACAGCCUCUCGUCUCCAAGCCAUCUAGACGUUCACCAGCUGAGGAAUUUGAUCGGGGCAUUAAU